AUGUGUCGGAUCCAAGUUGUCGGCAGGUCCUGGAAUGAGGCGAUGAAGAGUCAGGCCAAAGCGGGCAAACAACGGGUCUCCAAUUGGCAACCGGUAGUCGUAGAUAUGGAGGAAGAUAGCGAACAUCUUCCUCCAUAUCUACGACUACCGGUUGCCAAUUGGAGACCCGUUGUUUGCCCGCUUUGGCCUGACUCUUCAUCGCCUCAUUCCAGGACCUGCCGACAACUUGGAUCCGACACAUCGUUACCCAAUGAACGAAUGACGAAGAAGGUCACAAGAGAAUCCCUCCUAGGAAAAAAGAAGAGUGGACGCCUAAGUAAAAAGAGACAAAUGGUCCUGGAGAAGGAUCUCUGGGAAAUUGAAGUAACUGACUGGAGAUGA